AACUGAAAGUCUGAAAUCUGAAAAUCCCAAACUCUCGCCCCCAUUGAAUGCUUCUCUCUCACCGUCUCUCUAUAUCGCCGCUUUUCAGGGUUUAUAGGUUUCUGAGCGAUAAUUGCGAUUCUUGUGUUGCUGCUACAGGAAAAUAAACACGAUGCCGACUCUACAAGGUUCUUUGCCUCCUGAGCUCGCUAACAAUGUUGUUAGGUUGUACCGAGAAUGUCUUCGUAGAGCUACAUUCAUUGGUAAGCAGCAACACAACACUGAGCUGGUGGUUGGUAUGGUGAGGCAACAAUUUAAGAAACACAUGAAUGAGACUGACCCCGAGAAGAUUCACAAGUUAAAGGACGAUGCUGCUCGGGGACUCAUCAACCACAUGUUGUUUGAGUCAGAGAAGCUAACAGGACGCAAGGUUAGCCAGAGAUCCUGAUCCAGCCUCGUUGCAGACUCUCUUCGUUAUGCUCCUGUCUGGUUCCAUUGUAGUCUUGUAAUGGCAGCUAGUUUGGCUUUUAAUAAAAGAGUUUGUCGUCGAGUGACGAGCAGCUUCAAUGAUUACAAACUUUGAUGAUCAAGUGGUUCAUGGUUGGAAUCAUACAGUUCUUCCACU